GGAACAAGAACACGUUUAUUUCAGAUCGCCAACUAUCCCAACGCCAAGUCGUUGUGGCGUUAGCACUCAUUAGCAACAGGAAGAGGCGAAAAAAGUUCGACAACGGUAGACUAAUAAACGGGGGGCUAUAGUGGCACACGCAGAUUUUCACUGGUCUAUCGCACACCCUGCAGUUUGUCGUCGCCAUGAAGAUCGCCUUCUUGUUCGUGCUUGCCAUGGAAGCGGCAUGCGUGGUUCGGAGCCAGAGGAACCCAUUGGGCUCGGGACUUCAGCGGUUGAUGGUCGGCCUGUUCGGUGCCCGGGGAGGUGGCCGCUACGGCAACCCCGGAGCCGCCUACGUCCAACAGGGCGCCGUUCCGCACGCCAACCUUCACCAGUCGGCCUACGCUGGUUAUGGAGCACCAAUGGGCGGCAACAUGAGGUCCCGGCCCAUGUUCAACAACGGCAUGCUCCCUUUCGCGGACGCUCGUCGAGGCACGCCGUUCAGGCCGGCUCACUCCAGUCGCUGGCGGCGCCAGGCGGGCUACCCCGAGGACCUGGUGUCGCGCGGCUUCUACCUGGUGCGGCGCCAGGACGACGACCGGUGCGUCAUGCGUGCCAGCUGCGAGGCGGCCGCCAAGCCGGGAGAGUACGGCAGCGAGGGAGAGCUCGCCGUCCAGUUCAUCCUGUCCCUGCGUCACGACGGAGAAGCCCCGUGGCAGCCGUACUUGCUGUCGGCGCGCAUGGGUCAGGCGCACGGGAGCCUGCAGCUGUGCCGGCGCAUCUUCCGGGGCUGCCUGCUCGCCAAGGAACAGCUGGGCCGCACCACCCGAGAACGCCUGCUCAAGGCCAUCCGCUGCCUGAACAACCGGCAGUGCUAGCAGGACUGCAAGGAUCCGGACCUCGCUGACCAGUGACGUCCCGCAUGCAAGCGGGUGUAUAGCGAUGUAGCCAAGCAACUACCCUUAAACGCGGCAACUUUGAUAGAGGUGCCCAUUUGUACGUGCAAACCGGUACCUGCGGUGUAAUACGGACCGCAUAGUGAUCGUUUAUCUUAAGUAAUGCGAGGCGUGAAGUAUAGUGCGAAUCCCAAAGCGUAUACACGCCAAGAAGAGAAAAUUGUGCGCGAGCGAAACACCGGUAACUGCGUGGUGGCCGCAGUGCGUUACGCCGCUUGUAACACGACCCCCCUGGGGACGCCGUUAAGUGCAAGUUGCCCCUGCAAAUUUUGGCAAGAUGGAUGCUUCUCUCACACCUAUCCAAAAUAUUCAUACCGGUUAUCUGUAAAUAUAAGUGAACAUGGGCACCGUUUAUGAAAGUUACCGCGUGUGGACUAUGUGCCGCGGGAGGCCCCAAGUCGUGAAGACGUCGAUUGUAGUCCUAUAUUGAUUGUGUUGACAAGUAUACCUACCCGGAACUCGUGGCCGUUCCGUACGGUACAGAUGCUACGUCGGCAAGUGAAAAUGUUUCUGGUGUGGCGUACGCUGUACGUCUGUGCUGGAAAUGUCUGGAAACCCGUAACCAUUGCCACGGCGUCCGGGCUUUCGGAAAUUUUGACGUUUGGCGCCGUGAACUUCGACCUUCGACGCCCUUGUAAUCGCGGCUCGCGAGCGGGACCGUAUCACGCGAUGUACUUCAACGCUUAUAGUUUUACUGUAUUAUACUAAGACUGUUCACAGCUGCGUUGAUAUUUUUGCCUGUCCUUGUGUAAACACUGUAAUGUAUGUUUUUGUAUUUUGCAUUUUUACUUUUCGUACUCGUAUUUCAAUAAAGUGUAUUUUCUUUUUA